GGUGGCAGCGACCGGGCCCCGCGCGCUCCAUGGCGGCCGCCGGCGGCCCCGACGAGGCGGACGAGGCGGUUCGCGGCACCUGCGAGGACGCGUCUGUCUGCAAACGGUUUGCUGUCAGUGUUGGCUACUGGAAGGACCCUUACAUCCAGUAUUUUGUGAGACAAGCCAAGGAAAGGAAAGCACCUGAGAUCAAUAGAGGUUAUUAUGCUCGUGUUCAUGGAGUCAGUUAUCUGAUUAAAGCUUUUCUAAAGAAGACAGAAUGCAACUGUCAAAUUGUUAACCUUGGGGCUGGCAUGGACACCCUGUUCUGGAGACUGAAGGAUGAAAAUCUUCUCCCUAGAAAAUAUUUUGAAGUGGAUUUUCCAAUGAUCGUUGCAAGAAAAAUACAUAAUAUCAAAUCAAAACCUCCCCUGUCAAAACCAAUUAUGGAAUCCCAUUCAGGGGACUCUCUUCUAAUAGAUUCCCACAGCCUUGACUCCAGUCGAUAUUCCAUUGUAGGAGCAGAUCUCCGUUUCUCCUCAGAUCUGGAGGAAAAGCUAAAGAAACACAACUUGGAUAAGCAUUUGCCAACACUGCUGGUGGCAGAGUGUGUGCUGGUUUACAUGACCCCCCAGCAGUCUGCAAACCUGCUCAAGUGGGCAGCAAGCACCUUUCCCGUGGCCAUGUUUAUCAAUUAUGAGCAGGUGAACAUGACGGACCGGUUCGGGCAGAUCAUGAUCGAGAACCUGCAGAGGAGACAGUGCAACCUGGCUGGGGUGGAGGUCUGCAGGUCCUUGGACUCCCAGAGGGAGCGGCUGCUGGCCAGCGGCUGGGACACCGCACGGGCCAUCGACAUGAUGAAGGUGUACAGCUUCCUGCCACAGGCUGAUGUCAAAAGAAUAGAAGCACUUGAAUUCCUGGAUGAAAAGGAACUGUUUGAACAACUAAUGCAGCACUACUGUAUCUGCUGGGCUUCAAAGGACAGCAGCAACCUGGGUCUGGCAAACAUCGACUUCUGAGGAUCUGGCUGGAGGGAAGGGAGCCCAGGAGCCCCAGUGACUGCCUUGGCUUGGGCCAGGAUCCAGAAAUAUGGACUUUGCAUGUGCCAACCCCAGUCUGUGUCCCUGUGACGGUGCUGGGAACUGUCCUGGUGGCUUUGGGUGGUUUUGAGGAAUAUUCUUUGUGAGCAGUUGUUAUGAGGCAGGACUUGCCUUCCAUUCCCAGAUGUCUAAUGAUGGACUUUCACAAGGUGUCAGUGAUUCCUGUCUAAAGCUUGCCUUCCAUAGUUUAAAGCUGAAAGUGUUCUUGGGUUCUUUGGUUUUCCUCCUUUGUCUUUUUGUGGAUGUGUAACAUGUGUUUGUGACAGGAAGGUGGAAGAGCAAUGCUGGAGAGCUGCAGCACUGGGUACCUGCACUGUGCAUGGCUGAUCAGGAAGGUGCAAUUUUGGUUCAUUUUCAUUCUCUUCAGGUCUAAUUUUGAUGAAGUGUCACCGUGUUGGCCUCUCCAGGCUUCACUGUUGUACAAGGCUGUCACUGUGCUGGGGGUUCUUGUAGGGGAAGGGUAAAGGAGAAGGGGAGCCCUGAUUUUGUUCAGUGGUGUACAAGAAACUGGAAAGUAGAUGUUAUUUAACUGGGAAGGGCUUAGCUUGGCAGUUCAGCACUGGGAUGGUGAAAGAAAGAAAGAAAUUAAUCUCAAUUUGCACUGCUUCUGGUAGUAUCUUUACACCAGUUUCUUCUUUCCCCUUAAAAGAAGCAAAACAAAAUCCCAAGAGUAAGGAAAGCCCUUGUCCUGUUGUUUGAAAUUGAAUCUUGCAACCCUCCUAUGAGAAAAAUAAUAAAUGUUUAAUAUUUAUAA